CCAUGUCUACAGCUAGUGGGAACAAGGAUAGCCUUCUGACCAAGCAGAACAAUCAGGCUUGUGUGAACAUGAACAGCCUCAGGACCCAGCAGGCCUCUCAGCCUACUUUCAAAUUAAACAAAAUUGGGAUGUACGUGUUGCCUCAUUCUAGUUUGAACAUUAAAAGACUUAGAAUGCAUCAAUCCUUUCAGCCGUUUAUGAACACGGACAGCCAUAGGACACAGCAAGUAUCCUCUCUGCCUGCUUUGAACACCAACAGCCUUGAAGUGCACGAGUCUUGUGAGCCCAGUAUGAAAAUGAAUAACCACCAGUCCAGUCAGUCUACUGUGUCUGUGACCAACAACAACCUUGAACAGCUUAAAUUUUCUUCUGUUAAUAAAUUACCUGUGGUUAAGGUUCCAAAGAAUGUAGUGCUUUCAUCAGCAAACAAUGAAAAAAAUGUUGAAAAUUCCAGGAUAGAAACUGGAACCAAAACUACUAUCUCGUCGAAUCCAAAUCUCAACCACAAUGCUGAUAUUGUACCAAGUACCAUGUCUUUUUACCCAAAUACUGUCGUUACUGUCUCCAAACCAAAUGUUACGAACAACAUAAACAAAACAACCAUCAACAAUUCCAGCAUUCUGAACAAUCAGCUUGUAAAUAACAAAACAUCGUCUGUGAACACUUCAAAAACAGUGGUACCAGCAGAGGUUACGGAGCACAAAUUUUCUGUCAGAUUUCAUCCGGUUCAUAACCUGGAACUACAAACAGACCAGAAGUUUGAUCCACCACCAGAAUUGGAAAAUGUUCAGGUGAAGAUGGAAGAAAGCCCUGGUGCGGUUCUCAACCUGGAUCUACAGCCAGACCAGAAUUUUGAUCCACCACCGGAAUUGGAAAAUGUUCAGGUGAAGAUGGAAGAAAGCCCUGGUGCGGUUCUCAAUCUGGAUCUACAACCAGACCAGAAUUUUGAUCCACUACCGGAAUUUGAAAAUGUUCAGGUGAAGAUGGAAGAAAGCCCUGACCCAGUGGUUAUCAACGGACUUCGGUCUUCAUCCCGCAUAAGAGAGAAACAAAUGGUUAAAAAAAGUCCUGUGGUGGAGAGUGUUAGCACAGUAAGCAAGAAAGGUCCAAAGAAAAGGAAAAUAAAGAGAAGAACUAAAGAUAAAAGUAGCGUAAAUAAAAGGAUCAACAUUCAUUUCGAGACUAGAAACAGAAGUAACAUUGAAAAAAUGAAAGAAAUCGACUUUAAGUUUUUCAAAUGUGGAAUUUGUAAUGAGGGUUUUAGGGAUUCCAUUGGUUUACAGUCACAUGUUCUACAGCACAAGGGAAUCCAAAGUGAAACAAUAAGGUGCGGGUAUUGUGGAAUGAAUUUCUUGGGUAAAAGUGGUGCGUUAGUUCAUCUGAAGGGCACCCAUGGUAUCAAUUAUGAGAAACCAAAAGCUGGAAUGGAAGAAGUAAAUUUACCAACAUAUGAGAGUGACGAAAAAUCUGUGAAAACUGUUCGAGUCAUUCGAACAAAAUUACCUAAAUGUGAGAUAUGUAAGAAAAUAUUUCCAAAUCUGGAGAGGUUAGCACAGCACAAACAGAAAAGCUGCUGGGCUUACGUGUGGUAUUGUUGUGUUUCUUGUGGGAAACCAGUUGGAAAAGAAACUCGUGAAGAAGUACCACUCCCAAAAGAGUUAAUAUGCAAUCUGUGUAAUUCAGUGAACCAGUCAAAAGAGAACACGGAUACUGUGAUGGAGCAAGAGAAACAAGGAGAUGAAAUGAUAGUUGAUGCAGAACAUUCAGGUUUCCGUCAUAAGAAAUCUGUGAUGGAGCAAGAGAAACAAGGAGAUGAAAUGAUAGUUAAUGCAGAACAUUCAGGUUUCCGUCAUAAGAAAUCCAUAUCCUAUGAUUGUUUGGCUUGUGGGAAAUCCUACAAGCAAAGAUCAUCAUAUAAUAUGCACCUGAAACUGUCACAUGGGACAGUAAAACCUUUCAGAUGUGAUUUGUGUGACAAGACCUAUGUUUGUCCCUCUUCACUUAGAAAGCACAGGCUUUGUCACAGAGAAACAAAAACAUUUGCAUGUGAUGAGUGUCCAAAAACAUUCAAAUUAAAUCAUCUUCUUACGAAUCAUAAGAAAAGACAUGGGCCAGGGAGAUUUCCUUGUGAUGUUUGUGGGAAGAUAUUGAAAUGCAAGCAGAGGCUCAGAGAUCAUAAGAGAUUACAUACUGGUGAAAAGCCAUUUCUCUGUGAGAUUUGUGGAAAGAGAUUUCUUAAUCGAAUGUCCAGAGUUCUUCACAUGAAUACCCACAAUCCUUCGAGCAAGAGUCAGUGUGAAAUUUGUGGGAAACUUUUCACAUAUGUGCAUUCUUUACGACAUCAUCUGAUAAUGCACAAAGUACGUGAUGAUUUGAGCUUGAAAGUCAGAUCUAGCAUGGCAGACAAAUCUCAUAUUUGUGAAAUUUGUGGCAAAGGCUUUUAUGAGAGAUCAGGAUAUAGAAAGCACAAAUUAAGUGUGCAUGAGUAUAAAAACAAGCCUGAUGCCCGACCCAGAUGUUUCAUUUGUAAAAAAUCUUUCUCCAGUAAAUCAAAUCUUAGGUCUCAUAUUGCAAUCCAUCAAGGACUUACACAGGUAGAAUGUGACAAGUGCAACAUGAUUAUGCAUAAACAAUCUUUGAGAAAGCACAUGUUAAAAACACACAGAAUCAGUUUCUAA